CGGUUUUCAAUACCGUGGUUAUUCGUGAGACCUAGAAAUUAAUAUCCUCUUACGGCGCCACCCACUAGCAGCGCACGGACUAUCGAUCGCGAACCUUCGCGAACGCCUUCUCUUGCAUCAUACAUCAUCGAUCACUACGGAGUGUAUUGCGUAACUGCUCAUCUGAAGCACGAAGAUUGCAACGAACUCGCUCACCGGGGUCGCAGUCCGAUAUUUGACCACGCGGUUCCGAUACUUAACCACGUACCCUUACGGGAUGGAUACAUCAAUGCUUUAAGGUAAGGGACGUAUGUAGGUCUGGGGCCUAGCGGAUUCAAGAGUCUUAAUCAAGCCACCGAGCAACCCGAGAUCGGGCUGGUGUCUGGCACUGGCUCGCUAUGGCUGUGCAGGGUUUGUACCUGGCAAGAGGCUAACACUAGGGUUCAACGAGUUUCAACAUCGCGCACUGCAACGCGCCCGUACGCCCGUGCCUCAGUUUGUUGACUGACUGAAGUAACCGAAACGACUCUCUUGUCCUGCCGGUAUAUAUAUGCCAAUCCCUGCUGACAAGCUGUCAGACCACGGUGAUCAACGUGGUUUCAGGUUACGGCCAGUUACGGCCCAAACGAAUUACUGCCACUCGACACCGCCCGUAACUACUGGGGCUUGAUUGAGUGGAUCGCUGUGCUUCAUCAACUCCAUCACAUCAAUUGCACUUCUCCAAUAUGCAUCCCGUAUUGCGCGCGUCACUGAAUCACAUAUUAUAUAUACACUUCCACCCAUCAUGCCCCGUCAAUACCACUCCUUCAGACCUUGAUUCACCUGUCACCGCCCACUAGUAAGCAUGGUUGCUGCCCCCGCCCCUGUAAAAGCCAAGGUUCCGAAAGCCAUCCCAAAGUUUGCUGUGGGACCUGACUACGAGAUUGUCCACAGUCUGGGUGAAGGCGCUUAUGGCACAGUAGCAGCCGCCCUCCAUAAACCGUCAGGGACACAGGUAGCCAUCAAGAAGAUUCUCCCUUUCGAUCACACCUUGUUCUGUUUACGGACGUUGCGUGAGCUGAAGCUUCUCAAGUUCUUUUCGGAAACUUGCGUGAAUGAGAACAUCAUCUCGAUUCUUGACAUCGUCAAACCGUCAUCAUUGGUUGAGUUUAAGGAGGUGUAUUUUAUUCAAGAGCUGAUGCAAACGGACCUCCACCGAGUUAUCCGGACCCAACAGCUAACGGAUGAUCAUUGCCAGUACUUCAUUUACCAAACGUUGAGGGCACUCAAAUCCAUCCAUAGCGCUGACAUUGUCCACCGGGAUUUAAAGCCUGCCAACCUACUCCUAAAUGCCAAUUGUGAUCUCAAAGUAUGCGAUUUCGGACUGGCACGUAGUGUCAAGUCAACAUCUUCUGGGGGGAAGGAAGUCGGGUUAAUGACAGAGUACGUUGCUACGCGAUGGUACCGUGCUCCCGAGAUCAUGCUGUCAUUUAAGAUGUACACCAAGGCUGUUGACAUCUGGGCUGUAGGAUGCAUCCUGGCUGAGCUUCUGUCUGGGAAACCACUGUUCCCUGGUCGAGACUAUGGCCACCAGCUGGAUCUUAUUUUGGACGUCAUAGGUACACCCACCCUUGAUGAGUUUUACUCCAUCACCUCGAGAAGAUCCCGCGACUACAUUAGGGCCCUGCCCAUUCGUAAACGAAAAUCAUUCCCUGCACUCUUUCCCAAAGCAUCUCCAGACGCUAUCGACUUCCUACAGCGGACACUGACAUUCGACCAAAGGAAGCGUAUGUCUGUCGAUGAGGCAUUGGAACACCCAUAUCUCGCUUCCUACCAUGAUCCGGAAGACGAACCAGUUGUCGCCUCGUUAGAUCCAGAUUACUUUGACUUUGACCAGUACAAAGAUGAUCUCUCAAAGGCAGAACUGAAAGAAUUACUCUAUGAAGAGAUCAUGUCAUUCAUGCCAGCAAUCUGAUAAAGGUCAAAGGCGGAUGACGGCUUCGGGCUGGUCGGACUCACUAAAUUAUAUACAUUGCGCAUACUCACGUUUGGCCACAUGUCUUACGCUUAUUUAUUAGCAUACGUCCUCUUCACUCUGUAAUAAUGGGCAUCUUGAACAUCACCGGAUAUAAUGGAAUGUAUCUAAAU